CCUUUCAUUUUCCCUUCUCUGUCUUCUAAUCCCCGUGAUCAUUCCAUCUCUGUCUGUUUCUAGGGUUUUCUGACCUCCUUUCCAUGUUGCUUUAGCUUUUACUAUCUUGGGAGGAACUUUCAAAAGCUCGACCUUCGGCCCCUUGACCCUCUUUCGUGACAAUUUCUUUGUUGCAAUGGAGGUUCAUGUGACCGAUGCUGUUGAGAAUAGGGAAGGUCAUAUGACAUCUGCUUCAGCCUUUGUGGAAGGAGGAAUUCAAGAAGCAUUUGAGGAUGCUUGCAGCAUAUGCUUGGAGACUUUCUGUGACAGUGAUCCAUCAUCUGUUACUAAUUGCAGGCAUGAAUUCCAUCUUCAGUGCAUUCUUGAAUGGUGCCAGAGAAGCUCUAAUUGUCCAAUGUGCUGGCAGCCAAUUAGUAUGAAGAACCCAACCAGUCAAGAAUUGCUUGAAGCUGUCGAGCAGGAAAGGAAUUCUAGGCUUAAAUCAUCGAGGAAUACUACAAUUUUCCAUCAUCCAUCCUUUGGAGAUAUUGAACUACAUCUGCCAAUUGAUGCAAUUGAUUCUGAGAUUGAAGAGCGUAUUAACCAACACUUGACUGUUGCUGCAAUAAGAAGGGCCCGUCACAUUUCUCCAUUGGACAGCUUGACAAGACGGUCAUCUUCUCUUGGCCGCCCACAAUUUGUUUUAGUUUCUACACCUCCCACUGAUCAUGAAUCUCAAUCGGGUACACUAGCUACUGGACGUUUUGUCCAGACUGAACACACAUUGUCUUCCUCGUCUGGAUUAGGAAAUACUCCAUUGAAUGGGCACAACAUUCACAUUAAUAACAGGAACUAUGAGGUGCCAAAUCCUGAUAGAGCGGGACCUUCAGAUGUUCAGACUUUUCCAGAGACUUUGAAAUCUCGAUUCGGUGCCAUGUCAAUGAGAUACAAGGAAUCACUUUCAAAGAGCACGAGAGGGUGGAGGGAGAAGCUGUUCUCUCGUAACAAUUCAAUGACCGAGUUUGGUUCAGAUGUAAGGAGAGAGGUGAACUCCGGGAUUGCAAUUGUUUUUCGAAUGAUGGAGCGGUCAGAAGACAGAGAAGAUAAUCAUCGUCCAGUAACACCAAAUUCAGCCACUUCUUCAUUCACCGAACAACACAACAACCAGGGGAAUGAACAGAUUCGUCAAGGCCCACAAUUUUAGCUGCUUCAAAGUUUGUUUUAUAAAUUAUUAAUGGUCUGCAACAUAAGUUUCUUUGCCAAGUCCUUAGCAUUUCAUCUUUGAAGGUUGCUGAUAGAUACAUCAGAUAUGACAGACUGAGCACCUGAAGAUGAAUAAGUCAUGAUCUUCAUUUAUUUCAAUGGCUGAAGCAUUGUUUUCUUGAAACUUGCUACUAUAACUUUCUUCUGCACAUCUGAAUUGAGCUAUAUUUUACAUAUUUGUAGCUACUACUUUUAUGUUCACUGGAUGAUGAUAUUGGAAUGGUAUUAUUUUUGUAUUUUUU